GUACAGUAUUCAGCAAUCAUGGCUACAACAACCGACGUCUCCCCUCUUUGCGACUCUUUCAAUACACAAGCCUCAACCUAUGAGCGCCGACUUGGGGGUAGUACUCGUAGAGCCAUUGAUCACGCAAUUUCUCUUUCAUCUGACUUACCUGAGAGCCCAAAUAUACUCGACAGUGCUUGUGGUUCAGGUAUGGUGACGGAGGCCAUUUUGAAGGCAUAUUCUGAGGCUCAAGUUCACGCCGCAGACGUUGCGUCAGGCAUGAUAGCUUUGAUUGAGCAUCUCAUCAAUUCGAAUGGCUGGCAGGGUCGAGUUAAGACGGGUGUUAUGGAUGGCGUGAGUUUAAGCUACGCCUACGAGAUUUUUGAUAUUUCUAUAAAAAAUUUCAGAAUUUUCUCCUACUCUGAUCCUGUUAUUGGUGCAAAAGAGUUGUGUCGAACUUUAAAAUCCGGUGGAAAGGCGGUCGUAACAUGCUGGAAGGAAGUGCCAUUUUAUCCAAUUCUCCACGCAGUGCAGGCGGUGAUUAGACCCGGUACCAAGCCUAUCGCUAUGUCUACACUCGAUCACUGGACUCAAAGAGAAAUGAUGGAAUUGACGCUGAAGGGUUGGGAAUUCCACGAUGUGGAAAUCUAUGAGAAGGAGGCUAUGUGGCGGAAUGAAGGUGUUCACGAGGCAGCCAAAGGAUUUACGGAUAAUUUCGUGAACGUGGUAGGAGAAUAAAUGGCAAGAGGAAGAAAAGAAACAGCUUCUUGGAGCUACAAGACUUCUUCUAGAAGAUAAUAAGAACGGCUUUGUAGUGGGGUCUA